CUUGUUCUUUCUUCAGCCACAAGUCACAUUAGGACUUGCAUGCAGCUGUCUCCUUCUUGGUUAUACUGCUAUCCAGGUGAAGAAGGGAGGCCUGGCCUGUGUUGCCAGAGAAGAUGGCCUCAACUCCAGCCUGUCUGCUGUUGCUGUGGCCACUGGUUCUGAUUCUCUGUGAUCCAGCAGAAUCCAUCAAGUUUCCCGAAGGCUAUUUACAAGCUAGUGUGCAACAACCACCUGAAUUCACAACACAACCAGACAAGGAGAUUGUUUUAUAUCCCACUGAUGAGAUUAUCCUGAAAUGGGAGGCUAUUGGAAAUCCCCCAGUGACGUACCGCUGGACCAAGGAUGGGGAACAGUUUGAUCCAGAACAGGUGCAAGGGAUAAAACAGUUGGAAAAUUCAGGGACUCUGAUCAUCCAUGCAAACAAUGGGAAUGUGCCAACUAGGUUCAAUGGGCUAUAUCGGUGUUAUGCCAGCAACAUAUUGGGCACAGCCGUGAGUUCUGAGAGCCGCAUCAUUGUUGAGAAUGCCCCACAGUGGCCAAAGGAGGAGGUGGCACCCAUCACAGCAGAAGAAGGGACCCACACAGUCUUACCCUGUAACCCACCCACCAGUGCCGAUCCACCUAAAAUCUACUGGCUCAACAGCAAGAUUGAGCACAUUGCCCAAGAUGAACGAGUCACUGUAGGCCAGGAUGGAAACCUCUACUUUGCCAAUGUACAGAUGAAGGACAGUCAACCUGACUAUAUCUGCAAUGCCCAUUUCCAAGGUCCACGACUCAUUAUCCAGAAAGAACCCAUUGAGCUAAAAGUCAUCCCAACCAACACUUUCUCAUACCAGAAACCAAUUCUAAUUGUGCCAGAGAGCACACACAAGAGCUACGUGGCCUUGUUAGGAAAGCCCUUGAUACUAGAAUGCAUUGCAGCAGGGCUCCCUACACCGUCGGUGGAAUGGAUCCACCUGAACAGACUGAACCCUUCACCUGGGGUGACCUUUGAGAACUACAAUAAAACUCUUUGCAUCCCAAGUGUGACGGAGGAUGAUGAUGGAGACUAUCAGUGUAUUGCUCGUAAUGAGCAUGGCAGCAUCCGCCACACCUAUACCGUUAAUGUUGAGGCUGCUCCAUACUGGAUAAAAAUGCCCGUGAGUCAGAUUUAUGGACCAGGGGAGAAUGUCCGCUUGGAUUGCGAAGUUGAUGGAAAACCUAAGCCAAGAGUGUCAUGGAGCAUAAAUGGGACUCCUCUGAAAGAUGUGAUGCCAGAUCCAAGAAGAAAGAUUCAAUCAGGAGCUUUAAUCUUCAGUGAAGUGCAACCCAAUGACACCGCUGUUAUCCAGUGCCAAGCCCACAAUAAGCACGGCAGUCUCCUGGCCAAUGCAUACAUCCUUGUUGUCUGGUUGCCAGCAGAGAUCCUGACCCCAGAUGGCAUAGAGUAUGCUGUGGUGGAGAACCAAAUAGUGAUCCUACAUUGCAAGACAUUUGGGGCACCCAGACCUAAAGUGCAGUGGUUUAUGGAAGACAUGAACCCUGCCCUAAAAGAUGAACGAACCUUUAUAUUCACAAAUGGAUCCCUGAAACUUCAGGAAGUCCGACGUGAAGACGCAGGAAACUUCACAUGCUUGGCUGAAAAUGAUCAAAACAAUGUCUCCAUCAUUGCUCGCCUAGUUGUCAAAGGAGCAACACAGAUUGAAGAGGGACCUAUCAACAUGGAAAAGAAGCAAGGUGAGAGUGUGAUGUUCUACUGCAAGGUACUGUUUGAUGAGAGUAUUCCGAAGCGUGGUAUCCAAUGGCGCCUAAAUGGAAAAGAUAUUGAAGAAUCAGAUGACAAUAACAAAUACAUCAUUGGUGACAUGUCUCUCACAGUCACCAACGUGGACUACUCUGAUCAAGGAACAUACAGCUGCCUGGCUUGGACCACCCUUGACUCUGUAGAAAAAAAUGCCAAUCUUUUGGUGUAUGGCGAACCUGGCCCUGUAUCAAAUCUGGAGGUGCAAAGGCAGCAGAAUCAUCAGGUAAAGCUGACAUGGACCCCCGGAGAUAAUCACAACAGAGAAAUAAAUGAAUAUAUUGUGUUUUGUGAAGAAACCAAAUUUGGGCCAGCAGAAAUGGAAUUGUUAACUACUGUCCCAGGGAACCAGCCAUGGACUAUUCUUCACCUCUCUCCAUUCAGAAGUUAUAACUUCUAUGUACAGGCCAGCAAUGACCAGGGGAAAAGCGAAUUAAGCAGCCGGUCUGCCAGUCAUGCCACGGAACCUGCAGCACCUGAGCGAAACCCAUCUGAUGUCAGAGGAGAAGGAAAUGAAACCACUAAUAUGAUCAUCACCUGGACGCCCUUGCCUCACAAGGAGUGGAAUGCCCCAAAGCUGAGGUAUCGUGUACAGUGGCGGCUAGAGAAUGAAGACCAAUGGGAAGAGGUGGAAGUUGACGACUCUCCUGUGUUGGUGACAGAUACCCCUGUCUUCUCACCAUAUGAGAUCAAAGUGCAAGCACAGAAUGAUUUUGGCAAAGGGCCUGAACCUCAAUCUGAAAAAGGUUACUCAGGGGAGGAUGUGCCUGAGGCUGUCCCUGAAGAUUUGCUGAUUGAGAUGAUAAACAGCACUACCAUCAAGCUUUCUUGGAUCCUUCCCAACAGAGAGAAAAUUUGGGGACACCUCAAGGGAUUCAGGGUGUAUUACUUCAGGUUGGGAACUCUGGCAGAACGUAGCCGUCGACAGGCCCAUCUUCACUUCCAUUCCCACGGGGAGCUGCUGAUCUUGGGGAAUGUGUCUGAAGUCAUACUGGGGGGCCUCAGGCCCUGGAGCCGGUACCAGGUUCAGCUGGCAGUGUUGAAUGGGCGGGGGGAGGGGCCCCGCAGCGAGGCCAUGGAGUUUGUUACACCUGAGGGAGUACCUAGCAUCCCUGAAUCCUUUCAGUUGGACUAUCUCUCGGACACAGCCGUGUUGCUAGAGUGGAUGGCUCCAAAAUUCCCUAAUGGGAGAUUACUGAGAUACGUGUUGGGAUACCAACAAGGUGAGUCUACUGCCAAUCAGACAGAGAUGGACAUUGGCAACAUCCAUAUCCCAGCCACCCAGUUAAGCCUCAAUCUCAGUGACCUUGAUCCCCACACUCCCUAUAAAUUCUCCUUGUGGGCAGAAACCAAAGAGGGUCGAGGAGAAGUAUCCUUACUUGAGGAAUAUACAAUGCAUGAGUCAGUGAACUUGUCUUUUGUAAACAUCAGUUUGGGCGAGACAGGAGAAAACUUCACCACCAUCAUCUGGAUCCCACGUCAGAACCAGCGAGAUGUGGAGUUUGCAGUCCAUCUUAUGAGCAAAACAGACAAAGGACAAUGGCAUGAUGUAGGAAAGGCCAGGUCUGGCCAGGGCUCCUACAGCAUUCCAGAUUUGCAGCCAGGCAAGCAGUAUCGUGUCCGACUGGUGAAAGUACACCGAACUGGGGACGUUCAAAUCAUUUGGGAGUCAGAUGUGGAGACCAGUGGUGUGGUUCAAGAGAGACAAAAAAACUUUGCUGCGGAAGGUUGGUUCAUCGGAUUUAUCAGUGCCAUUGUCCUCCUUAUCCUGGUUCUGGUGCUCCUCUGCUUCAUCAAGCGCAGCAAGGGCGGCAAGUACUCGGUGAAAGACAAAGAAGACACACAGGUGGAUUCUGAGGCCAGGCCCAUGAAGGAUGAGACCUUUGGAGAAUACAGGUCCCUGGAGAGUGACAAUGAGGAGAAACCCUUCACCAGCAGCCAGCCCUCCUUGAAUGGUGACAUCAAGGCUCUGGGGAGUGACGAUAGCUUGGCAGAUUAUGGGGGCAGUGUGGACGUCCAGUUCAAUGAGGAUGGCUCCUUCAUUGGCCAGUACAGUGGCCAAAAAGGCAAAGAUGGAGGUGGAAAUGACAGCUCUGGGGCUACCAGUCCUACCAAUGUGGUCACUGCCCUGGAAUAA